CCCAACCCUAUUUAUAACCAGAUUUUCCCUAUCGUCGUCUUCUCCUCUCUAAACCCCUCCAUUACAGUAGCUGCUAGGUUUUGAGCCAAUCGUCACAAUCUGCUGCUAAUCAACCAUGCCGCAAGGUGAUCACAUAGACCUUUCCAUAAAGCGGCAUGGACGCCGCUUUGACUACCACGAGCGCAAGCGCAAGAAGGAGGCUCGUGAAGUCCACAAAAGAUCCAAACAAGCCCAGAAUACUCUGGGUAUCAAGGGUAAGAUGUUGGCCAAGAAACGUUAUUCUGAGAAGGCCCUGAUGAAGAAAACAUUGGCUAUGCACGAGGAGUCCUCGACCAGGCGAAAGGUUGAUGAUGAUGUUCACGAAGGUGCUCUUCCUGCAUAUCUUCUUGAUCGUGACGAGACAACCAGAGCCAAGGUUCUUAGCAACACAAUAAAGCAGAAGAGGAAAGAAAAGGCAGGCAAAUGGGAAGUUCCGCUACCAAAGGUCAGACCUGUUGCUGAAGAAGAGAUGUUUAGAGUGAUCAGAUCUGGCAAAAGAAAGACUAAACAGUGGAAGAGAAUGAUUACCAAGGCCACCUUCGUUGGACCUAGUUUCACUAGGAAACCUCCAAAGUACGAGCGUUUUAUUCGCCCGACAGGUUUACGUUUCACAAAAGCUCACGUGACUCACCCUGAACUUAAAUGUACUUUCAAUUUGGAGAUCAUUGGCGUGAAGAAAAAUCCUAAUGGCCCUAUGUAUACAUCUCUGGGUGUUAUGACCAAAGGAACCAUAAUUGAGGUGAAUGUUAGUGAACUUGGUCUGGUCACCCCUGCUGGGAAAGUUGUAUGGGGGAAAUACGCACAAGUUACUAAUAAUCCUGAAAAUGAUGGUUGCAUUAAUGCUGUGUUGCUCGUCUAAGUCAAAUUGUGGAGACUGUGCCCGAUAGGCGCUGUUGAACUGCUAACUAGCUCUAUUACUAGCUCUAUUUAGGUCACUUUGGUGUUGCUGUAAGGCCAUGUAGUUCUAUUUCCAAUGGAAGCAAUUAGAAAAUUUUGGUGGUGAUUUGAGAUAUUGCUGUUCAAGUUGUUUGUGCUUAGAAUUGUUACACUAUUCGAAACCCUUUUGCUUGAGGACUGAUUUUAUCAAUAUAAUGAACUUUUCGUUAAUAUAUA